AUGUCCUCAUCAUGUGGUACGAUGAUGUCCUCAUCAUGUGGUACGGUGAUGACCUCCUCAUGUGGUACGAUGAUGUCCUCAUCAUGUGGUACGAUGAUGUCCUCAUCAUGUGGUACGAUGAUGUCCUCAUUAUGUGGUACGAUGAUGUCCUCAUUAUGUGGUACGAUGAUGUCCUCAUCAUGUGGUACGAUGAUGUCCUCAUCUUGUGGUACGAUGAUGACCUCCUCAUGUGGUACUAUGAUGUCCUCAUUAUGUGGUACGAUGAUGUCCUCAUUAUGUGGUAUGAUGAUGUCCUCAUCAUGUGGUACGAUGAUAUCCUCAUCAUGUGGUACGAUGAUGACCUCCUCAUGUGGUACGAUGAUGUCCUCAUCAUGUGGUACGAUGAUGUCCUCAUCAUUUGGUACGAUGAUGACCUCCUCAUGUGGUACGAUGAUGUCCUGUAUUAGGAAAAUCUAA